UCGAUUCGGGAAUGCAACGAGUGUACGACAAACCGUCCCCUACUGGUGUGCCCGCUGGUGGUCUAUCCGGAGUCGUCCUCGUUGUUCAUUCAUCUACAUCGGUGUGAUACUACCGUUGGUCGGUGGUCGUGGCUGUGCGGUAGAGGAGCAGGGCCGUAUCUGCCGUGUGCGCCGUGCGGUUACGAAAAGGGGAGCGAGCGAAACCUGCCCCCGCGCCCCGUGUGCUCGUGUAAUUUUAAACAGCUCAGUGUAUUGCAUUAAAAGCAUUCCUGCUGCUUAUCUAAGUAGAGUGAGAACGGAAAAGCAAAACGAAAAAAAGGAAAGAAACCGAAGAGAAGGUUGCACAGGAAGGCGCCUGUGCGUGUGUUUGUGCGAGGGUACAAGGGAGCUAGUGGUGGUGGUGGUGCGGCGAAGGUAAUGGUUGGUUCGUAGUGUGAUGGAUGGCAGUCGAUUCAUCCUGCAGGAAACUUGAAAGAAAAAGGUCUUCCCCCGGACCGCACGACGGGAGCAGCUGGUGUCGUCUCUGCUGGUGUGACCGCUGCUAUUGCUGCUGGUACUGCAGGAGUAGGAGUUAGCAGCAGCAACUCUGCCUGGGCAGCGACAAGGGCAGCCUGGUCCCGGGUGGGUGUCCUGUGUGUGUGUCUCUGUGUGUGUGCGCGCUAGGCUGCUGCGGAAAGAAGAGCCGUCCGUUCGCUUGUAGUGCAUGAAAUUUCUUCCUUCAUUAGUGGUGGACCGCAUUUUUUUGUGCUUUGGCAACCGGACCCAGUAUCGUGUACGGUGAUGGGGGAGGGCCCCCUGACGGGAGAUGCAACCACCCCAACGUUACAUACCGUCAGUUUCUGAUUUAUACGGUACGGACGAAAUAGAGUUCCUGCUGGACGAAAUACGGGAUCUCGAACCAGCCUGCUGUCAGCUGGAGGACAUCCAGGUAGGCCAUGUUUUUUCUUCUUCUUUUUAUUUCGUUUCUCUGGACCAAUUUAACUGUUUUCUCUUGUACCUUGUGACGACCCGUCACCCGAUUGUGGUGCUUCUCCCCACUUUGCAGGACUUUGAAAUAGCUGGCAGCAGAGCAGGGGAGCUUUCCAUAUCGCUCGAAUCACCGAUCGGCACGUGCACGUCCUGGGACUCGCAUGCACAUUACCGUCAAAGGAUAGGGAACACACCGCUACCGUGGGGCGUUGCGCUGCACUGCGACGCCUCACAUCUCACCAGCCCGACCGGCAUCGUGCGGAUACUGCUGGUGGUCUCAUCCGCCGCAUGUCUUGCCUGUGAGUGUUCCGCCGGCACGGUACAGGUCGGUCUGUUUCUACUGCCAUUGAUUGGGCGCCUGAGGUUGAUGGUUUUUUGCGCCCUGUUCUCCUUGUUAGUCACCUGUUUGAUGCUGUUUUUGGAUAUCUCACACAUAGCGUUAAUGUUUCCCUUCAACUGGGGAAGAUUGAAUGCAUGGAUGUACCUGACGAUUGGUUUAUUAUUUAUUGUGGGUUCAUCAUUGCUAAUACAUAUGGUAUUUUUCGCUGAAGAAUUCAUGUGGGUGCCAAAGCACUCGAAGGACACACUAUUCAUAUCAGCGAUUCUUGGCUACAUCUGCUCGAUCGAAGCGUGCGUGCUGGCUGCACUGACAAAAUGUCCGUCCCAGUACCGGCACGUCAUGGACGAGUACAGCGAGAUGUGUUUGGAGGAGCGCGAGCUGAGCCCCAUCUGCAGUAACGACAUCACCAACCACAACCACACUACGGCUUCGAACGAUCUGUCGAACCAUCGGAGCUAUAAUAAAAUCGAAACGGGUGAUAGCAUUACGCCAACGUGUAAUCAAAAACCUUACAUACCAGUGAAACGUCCCGACCAAUCGUACAACCAGCGACCUACCCUAGGUAAUAUGCAGAAGUCGAAUCACCGCAAUCGGCAGGGUUACCACUAUCAACCAAUCGCCUCAACCUCCCGGCAAAGUCCCACGUUCGUGCUGGACGAGGAUGCGCUGCCGGGCCCAUCGUCCCGCUCGCUCGACUACUCCAGUGCGUGAUGAUGUUCUGCACCGAUAUUGGGGCGUACUGGGCGGUGGAAUGGUGAGCCGGCAGCAUCGGUCCGCUGGUGGUGGGGGUGUUGGUUUUAUCAAAUAUUCGAGGCGUUGGUUUCCGUUUCUAGAGACGUUUGUCUGUUAAGUAUUUCCUAUAAGUAUUAAGAACGCAGCCACAGUCACACACACACACACACGCACACAGCCACACACAGCCACAUCUACAACAUUCGCUGUUGUUUCAGUGCAAUUUUUCGUAGUUUGCUGAAACAAUCACACACACACAGACACAUUCACACUCAGCUCCGAGAGACAAAAAAGGAGCGCUCCAUUUGUUGGUAAGAGCGGAGUGGGAGGUAGUAGAACUUCGACGAGACAAAACGAUUAAACGAUACCCUCGACAGGAAUAUGUCGACAGGAGUGUCUUACCGGUAGCGCCAUUUGAUGCGAAGGCAAGCAUGUUUUACCCAGACAUUUUAAGACUCUGGAGUGGUGUAGGCUGGAUGACGUUUGCUAGAAUAUAAACUGCAGUUGGGCCACGUGGACAGGGAUAAGUAUAACCGCUAGCCCAACAGUGACAUCGGUUUUAAUGCGAAUGGGUUAGUACGUAUGUUACAAUAUUUGGAUUCGUCUAUAGGUCGGUUAAAUAAGGCACCUGUUAAUGAAAGUAAAAACAACAAGAAUAAGAAGAAGAAGAAAAAACAACCAGACAAACAACAAACCAGCAAAACCGACAUCGAGCAAUCGUUGCAUCAUCCCGUUCAGUUGCUCGUAGGCAUCGGGGGAAAGCGUUACUGAAUUGCUUCCAGUAGAUCUCUGACGAGAACCUUCUGGCACAAAACUUGCAACACACACACACACAAAACACGCAGACACAUCCAUCAUUAACACUGUUAGAGCACAUUACAGCUCCAAAUGAGCUUUUAUUAUUUCGUCUUUCGGGAUUAAUACUCUUCAUUGGAGGAUUCACUUCCAAACGGACUCCCCCCCAACUGGAGCGAUCAACAUAAAGCUAAAGAGCGCAUAGAAACUCUCGUUUUGUUUAGCAUCUCGGCCGCAUAUAACUUGCUAUCGUAACCUCGUUAUCAAUAUUUAAAAAACAAACGAUCCGGGUAUCCAGGUACUAUACUGACAAGAGGUCACCCAGAGUACUGCUGCGAGUACCCCUCGAAACAAACAUAGAAAUACUCUAGCGUCCGUCCUAUUUUCCCAACAAAGAAGAAGAGCAGAAGAAAAAGAUACCGAAGCAGAGGCACGAGGUAGUAGAGGAACGAAGAAUAAUGAUAACAAUAUAUUUUUGUACCGACAUCUUUUCUGCAAGCCCGUUUUCAUUUGUCUGCCUUCGUACCUUGUGAAGCCAGUUUAAGUAGCCGGUAGUAGAUAGUGCUAGUGCGAGAACCGGAAGAGAUCAAACCGUUCGAACGUUCGAAUGGUAGGUGAACAAUGCGUAGCUUCUGAGAAGGAUUUAUUUUGCUCUUUCUUUGUUUUUGGGGUCUUAUCUACUACUCAUCUCUACUAUCCCCGCACUCUCCUAGUGUAGCUGGUUUUGCUUAUAGGUGUGUGGAAUUAGAACAGCUCUAUCAACAGUGAACUGCGAUUGACGUUCACCCUUUGGUUUCACAUUCAGAUAGAACAGUGAUCCAUUAUUUCAUCCUCCCCGUCAUUCUCUUCCCUUUUCUAUCUAUUUCUCUCCAUAAUCUGCCGUCCAAUAAAUAACACAAGUUGCUGUUUUAGUAGCCUGCAAAAGUGUCGGGCGAUAUCGGGUUUGCAAGAUGCAGUAGCAGAAAGAGGGUUCUUCUCCUUAGUGUACUAGUUCGUUUGGUAGUACAGCCGCAUCCACUCUAAGUGAGCCUGUUACAGCAAAAGAUAGACAUUGUGCAAUAGAUAGAGAUGAUGAUGUGAAAAACGAAUCGUUUAUUGCGUUCUGAUUAGUGACGCUUGUGCGCAGCAACGCGAUUUCAUUUGAAUGGCGCACAGUAGGAUUGAUCUGUUGGGACAAUAAUUGUAACUUACAGCAAGAAGAAAAAGAAUCCUUCCUUUCAGUACGUAAUGCAUGGGUCUGCAGUCCCUUUGCUUCGGUACAACAAUGGUAUCCCCAAAAAAACAAAUGAUUCGACGAACGAAAAACAACAAAGACAUGAUAGAAAACACGCCAAUGAGGCCGCGUCAAUCGAUAAAGCAAUAGAAUCUCUCUGUAUCUCUCUGUCUCUGUGUUUCCUAUCCUACUAUCCUAUAUCGGUGUUUUUGUGUUGUAUUAUCGUUUAGCGCCUUUUGAUUUGUUUCAUUAUCCAAUUUUGUGUAUUUACUUAGCCCGGUAGCCGGUAGGAUACAACCAUUGUUGUAUCUAAAACGUAAGCGGAGAAUGAUCAAGCAGAAGAAACCACAUAUAAUCGACAAUAAUCCACAUAACCCCGAUGAAAGAUGGACAUCGUGACGCAUACUAAUAAUAUAUAUAUCACAAGGAUUUCGGUUCCAAAAACCGCCCAUUGACCCCCUUCUCCUCCCUGCAUUUAGUGUACGCGUAUAACAGCGACUAAGACACUGUUAUAAGUAGCGCACACGAGCACAUACACCAACACACACGCUGUUCACAUGGCACCGUUAAAACCACUGAAGGCACAUGCCCUUAAAACACGCCAGCAAGGAGAUAGGCGCACACAUUAACCUUACAUUCGCUGGGCGAACUCGACGGGCCUGUUUUCGUUGUAACUUUGCAAAGUUUAGAUAAGUUUCAUUUACCCUCUCCCGUGUCCCGUGUGUUUUAGUGUCGUUCAGUUUGAAUUCGUUACAAUUCUCAGGAAAUCAGGUGUUCUAGAUGUUGAUAGUGAUAAAUACGUAGCUCCGGUGCAAAAAGGUAUACAAUUCGCAAGCACACACGAUCGUCCCUGUCCCUGUUUCACUCCCCGUGAAAAUUGUGCCCGAAAGUAGAUUAAGGUUAGGCGGGGCUUUUUUUUAACAUUAUCAGUUUGUUGUACGUUUGGGAGGUAAAUGGGCGGUUCUUAUUCUUAAUAGUAACAACGCACAAGCCAAAUAGCAAACGGUGUAGUAAUAAGUUUGGCAUUUAUGUUUUAGUGUAUCUGAGUUGUUUGGAGUACUGUUGCAGCUGUUCUGCAUCCAAAGUUUCCUUCUGUUAAAGGAACGUCCUUUGUUAGUGUCCCCCCCAGUCGAAAGCCGCUGCCCACUAAACGAAGCAUUUAACCCAGAAGCAUUUCAGUUCGCGCGAUAAAAGCUAACGCUGUCCCAGUUCUCAGGCUCGUUGCAAACACGUGAGGUCGUGAGAUUUGUACAUAGUUUAGUUGUUAGAUAGUUUUGCGAGAACAAAAAUUUAAGACGCAAACGAUGACGUUAAGACGUAGACAAACACACACGUACACACACACACACACACGUACAUGUACACAGAUUUGUAGGCGCAAUUUCCGGCGGUCAAUUCCGGAGCAAGCCAAGUUUGAGGCAUUUUCAGUAGAUCGCAAAACUGGUUGCAAAAAAAAAACACACACACACGUCGCGAUCGAAGAAACCCCGAUCACGGAUGAAAGAUAAAGGGGAUGGUGUGGAAAACUAAUGAAAUACUGCCAAAGAAUUUUGCUAACGAAGCGGCCACCUCGCGUUCGUUAGUGUUUAGUGUACUAAACUGAUAAAUUGUAGCGUCGGUCUGUGAGGCCUAAAACAGAGAGAAAGAGAGAGGAUAGAGAGAACAUUCAUAUGGAAAUGUGUAUUGGCACAGGUAGAACAAAGCAUUGGAAACGGUAGAACAAAAGGAAGCUACGAGCCCGUGCUCGUCAUUUAGGAAAAUGGAAAAUUCAGUCAAAUAGCAGAGCAUUAUUAGUAGAUUUUUUAGUAACACGAUUAGUAACAGAUAGCUGAACGUUUGGAUAGAGAUCAGCAGACCACAGAAAAAAUGAAACAGCAAAAAAAUACAUCGGUGGACGUAAUUUUGGGUCGUGUAGGGUACCGUGUGGUUGUUCGUUUUUGGUUUUUAUUUUUUUGAACUUUAACUAGACGGACAGGCACAGAUAUGCCUUUAUAAGGGGGCCGAAUGUCGGUUUUCAAGUGACAUAAGCGUCCCGGAUACGCAAAGGAGUGAUAAACAAACGUAAACCACAACAGAGAGAGAGAGAGAGGGAGAGAGAGAGAGAGAGAGAGAGAGAGAGAGAGAGAGGGAGAUAGAGAGAGAGAGAGCGAGAGAAAGAGAGCGAAUAAACAAAAAGAAAAAUAAACCCCAUGAUAUCAGUAACGAUAGUAGCCAUAUGUAACGCUAGGUUGUUAAUAGAUGAGUUUUCAACAUUUUCAUUUCAUAAAUGCCACUAGCAAUCCAAUCCGAUCGGCCAUAGGAAAUAUUUUACAGGGUAAACGAUAAAGUUUCGUUUCGAAAAAUGUGAUUAAAAGUAUUACUGAAUGCAAAGAACAAAAAAAAAGACAGAAAAAGAUAGAGAGAAA